GCUUUUUUCAACAAACCCACCUGUCCGUGGAAUACCAUUUCAUCCGUGCCGACUACAUUUUGCCCAGUUUCCGUGGUGUCUGAAUGCACCAGUUCCACGACUCGUCUCGCUGGCUCAUUGAGACAGCAUAUUCUUUCGGUUUCUUGCCGUUCCUCACUUCCUGUCCUAUUCGUCUUCACCGACAAACAGCUUUAUUUACACAUAACGUUAAAACUUGUCACCGUUUGGAAAGAGCAGAUCUCAGCUUCGCCGCUCCGAUCAACCUCGCUUCCAUUUCUGUCAGAAAUAAGAAUCGGGAGCGAGCGCUUCGGUAACGAGGUCCUCUCCAAAAACCAGAAAUCACAAACAUCACGAUAGGAGGAAACGCCAUGGACAAAUGGUUGACGAGCAAUCCAACCAGGAAACUCAGACUACUUCGCCCAUUUCUCAGGCGACUGAAUUUGACGCUGACCACGGUGCACCUUCCUUUCCGGCUAUUGCGUCCACCAUUCAGGCUCCUGCCGUCGACCCAGACCGCAAUUCGCAGCCAGCCUGUCUUUCUUCGGACCUCGAGACUAUUACCACGCGAGUGGUCCACCUUCUUCGCCGCUCCUCAACCCCCGGCCAAGCUUUUCGGUUCCUCACCGCCACAGGGGACCCACGCCCAAGCGUGCAUGCCUCAAGACGGCGACGCACAGGUGCCCCCGUUCCCCGCGACGUGCAAACGCCACAGCGCAGCGCCCCCUCUUGAGGACCGCUCUGAGAGCCCUCCCGGGGCCCCGAAGAAGAAGAAUACGAGCGUACCAGAAUCAGCAAGACACGCCGGCACCGCCGCCGCCGUCAGCGUGGUUGGGAAGACGAAUAUUACGUGGACUCGACAGGCCACCUGGGCGGUGGCACGACGUGAGACAGAACAAGAAGAGGAUCGCGCUGAAGACGGAUCCAAAGGGGUACUGGCGGCCACAAGCUUGCUUUUGGUGCAAGACAAAGACGGAGCCUUCGGAGGUUGGGGCUGUGGUCAAGGUAACGGAUGCCAAGGGAGAAGAGUGGUUUCUGGAGGAUCCGAACUCUUAUUUGGCUUUUCUUUUUGAUGAUGAUGAGGAGGAGAUGGGAAAGGAAACAGCGGGUUUCUUGGAUGAUGUGGGUGAGUUGAUGACUGGAGUUGGAUGAGCGGUGACACCACUCUACACGGGAGUUCUGGUUUGCGCU